AUGCACACCAUUGCAAGCACCCUCCUUGUUCCCCUCGCUCUCUGGAGCUUGGGUGCACUCGCCUCUCCUGCAGCAGUUCCCUCCGCAAACGCGCCAGUUCGGCGUGCACAAGUCUCAUCCCUCACACAAAUGACAUCCACUCAGUUGAAUGACCUCGCUCCGUUCACAGAGUUCGCUAGAGCAGCCUAUUGUAGUCCUAGCAUCGUAACUGGCUGGCAAUGUGGAGAGGCAUGCCAAGCAGUGCCUGGAUUCCAGGUUUCGCUUACUGGUGGAGACGGCGAUUCCAUUCAGUAUUAUUAUGUUGGUUAUUGGCCUACGCAGAAUGCUGUCGUGGUAGCUCAUCAAGGAACAGACCCCACACAAUUUUUGUCCGACCUUACCGAUGCAAACAUCCCCAUGGAGAAUCUAGACCCAACACUCUUCCCUGGUGUAGACAGCAGUGUUGAAGUCCACAGUGGCUUCGCCAACGAGCACGCACAGACUGCUCCGGCAAUCCUUGCGGAAGUGAAAACGCUGAUAGCAGCCAACAACGCACAAAACGUCAUAUUGGUUGGCCACUCAUUGGGUGGUGCCCUAGCCGAGCUUGAAUGCAUGUUCAUGGCCCUCAACUUGCCUUCGAACAUUGCGAUUCAAGGUGUCACUUAUGGAACGCCUCGUGUAGGCAAUCCUGCUUGGGCUAGCUUAUUUGACUCCAAGAUCACAAACUUCAUGCGGAUUAACAACGAGAAGGAUAUAAUCCCUAUCGUCCCAGGUCGCUUCUUGGGAUUCUCACACGUUCAAGGCGAGGUGCACAUCGUCUCACCAGGUGAUGCUGUCGAAUGUCCUGGUGACGACGAUGCGACAGAUGGCCAGUGCACGAUUAAGACAGUGCCUAACGUCUUUGAGGGGGACAUUCUGGACCACCUUGGACCAUACCAGGGUAUCUACAUCGGUACUAUCUAUUGCACAUAG